GGAGCUCCGGGCCAGACGUGCCCCGGGAGGGCCGUGACAGGGGGGACAUGUCGUGACAGUGGAGACAGAGCCACCCCGCACCGUGACCUGGUGGACAGUGACCCUGGGACACCCUGUGACACCAGGAGCAAACCCCCCAAGCCGUGACACUGAGGGAGCACCGGGGCACAUUCCAUGUCGUGACACCGGGGGAGCACCGGAGCACAAAGCCAUUCCAUGUCGUGAUACCGAGGGAGCACAGCUACCCAGGCAGUGACACUGGGUGCACGCCACGGCGCCUGGUGACAGCGCUGUGACACCGAGCACCCCCCACCAUGGCACCAGGGGAGCAGCCAGAUCGGCAGGUGCUGUGACACCGGGGGACUCAGUGCCUGGCACAUGCUGUGACACUGGGUGGCCAAACCACCCUGUGCUGUGACUCCUGGGCGAGCCUUGAGCCUGGCAUGUGCUGUGACACUGGCAGACCAAAGCCAUCCUGGACUGUGACAAGUGAUCAACCAACGUGGCACCUGCCACUAGGUGACCAAAGCCACCUUGGACUGUGACACCAAGUGACCAAGCCUUUGCACCAUGACACCUGCUGAACCCUCAGCCUGCCGCCUGCUGUGACACCGUGUGACUGAAAGCCACCCUGUGCAGUGCCACCGGGUGACCAAGCCACCCCGCAUCGUGACACCAUGUGACUGAAGCCCCCUCCCACUCCACUCCGCAUUGUCCCCAUCAUGCCACCAUCGCGUCAGCGCGUGGCCAUGCGUGUCCCCACGGUGCCGCCGUCCCUGCUGCUGGCUCUGUCCCUGCUGUCCCCUGUGCUAUGGGGGUCUGCAGCAGGGAGCUGCCCCCUGCGCUGCGUCUGCGCCUCCAACCUGCUGAGCUGCUCGCAGGCCAACCUGAGCACGGUGCCGACGCCUCUGCCGCGCUUCACGGCCGUGCUGGACCUGAGCCACAACAACGUGACGCGGCUGCGCGCGGACUGGGCCCCGGCGCGGCUGCCGCACCUGCACGCGCUGCUGCUGAGCCACAACGGGCUGGCCUUCGUGUCCACCGAGGCCUUCGCCCAUGUGCCGCGCCUGCGCCACCUCGACCUGUCCUCCAACCGCCUGCGCGUGCUGGACGAGAACCUGUUCAGCGACCUGGGCGAGCUGGAGGUGCUGCUGCUCUACAACAACGAGAUCUCCACGGUGGAUCGCACGGCCUUCGAGAACCUGGGCCGGCUGCGCAAGCUCUACCUGGGGCAGAACCGCAUCGCCCGCUUCCCGCUGGAGCUGCUGCGGGAGGGCACCCGGCUGCCGCAGCUGGCGCUGCUGGACCUGUCGGCCAACCGGCUGCGGGCCGUGCCCGCGGGGGAGCUGCAGGCGCUGCCCGCCUGGCUGCGCGACCGCCUCUACCUGCACAACAACCCCCUGGUCUGCGACUGCCCGCUCUUCCAGCUGCUGGACCGCGGCCGCCGCCGCCACCUCAGCGCCGUGGAGGAUUUCCAGGACGAGCUGCGCUGCGUCCCGCCCGGAGCCACGGCUCUCGUCAAGAUCCUGGAGCUGGCGGGCAAGCCGCCUCUCAACUGCAGCAAGGCGCGGGAGGCCGUGCUGGAGGCGCACCUCGGGGACAGCGUGACGCUGGGCUGCGACAGCCGCUGGCAGGGCGUGCGCAGCCGGCACUGGGUGACGCCGGGCGGGGAGCGGGUGCUGGGGGACGGGGGCAACGGCAGCGUGGUCCUGCUGGCCAACGGCAGCCUGCAGCUGCGGGCGCUGCGCCCUGAGGAUGGCGGCACUUACUCCUGCUGGGUGGUCGGGCCCCUCCUCAACGAGACCCUCUACGUGGAGCUGCUGGUGCACAACUUCACCCUGCACGGCCCCCACGACACGCUGAACACGGCCUACACCACUCUGGUGGGCUGCAUCCUGAGCGUGGUGCUGGUGCUCAUCUACCUGUACCUCACCCCGUGCCGCUGCUGCUGCUGCCGCGGCACCGAGAAGCCGCCGGCGCCGCGCGACGACAGCAUCAACUCCUCGGUGCUGAGCACCACCCCCAACCACGCCGGGGGCACCGGGGAGCCCUGCGGGUCCCACGUGGCCUCCGGGGCUGGCACGGGGCAGAACGGCCGGUUCAAGGGCGGGGGGACCCCUCCGGUGCCUGCCCGGCAGGGCCCCAAGGCGCAGAGGAAGGUGUCGGACCCAGACUCGGUGAGUUCCGUCUUCUCCGACACGCCCAUCGUGGUGUGAGGGGACACCGUGGGGACAGUCCCCAGGGACACCCCGUGUCAGCCACUGCAAGCUGUCCCUGGGCAGGAGGGGUGGCCAGACCCCCAGUGCCGUGUCCCCAGCUUGGGGGGUCACACCAUCACACCCCAGGACUGAGCAUCGCUGCUGGCCCCGCCGAGGUCACUGACACCAUGGGACAGUGAGGGACAAAGAUGGGACACACACUUUGGGGACAGUCUCCCACCGUCACCUGACUCUGGGCGGGAGAGUUGGCCAGACCCCCACCACCAUGGCCCCAGCUUUUGGGAGUCCCAUCAUCAACCCCCAGGACUGAGAAUUGUCCCACACCCCCACUGGGACUACAAAGGGACCGUGAGGGACACACGGGUGUGAGGAGACACACCAUGGGGACAGUCCACCAGGACACCCUGGUUCCUACUGCUGCUGUCACCUGUUCCCCAUGGACAUGCCAUGGGCAGAAGGGGUGGAUGCACCCCUGCUGCUAUGUCCCCAACUUGGGGGGCAACACCGUUGCUCCCCAGAACAGAGCAUCACUGCUGGCCCCCACCGAGGUCACUGUGCCACAAGGGACAAGGAUGUGACACCAUGGGGCAGUCCCCCACUGUCACCUGUCACCGGGCAGGAAGGAUGGCCAGACCCCACCACCAUGUCCCAGCUUUUGGGGGUUCCACCAUCACCCCCAGGACUGAGCAUCAUCCCUGGCCCCUGCCGAGGUCCCUGAGGGACUGCGAGGGACAGGGGUGUGAGGGGACACUGUGGGGAGUCCCCAGGGACAUCCUGUGUCCCCAGUGCCACUGUGAGCUGUCCCCAGGCUGGAGGGGUGGCUGGACCCCCAUCACCGUGUCCCCAGCUUUUGGGGACCCCACCACCACCCCCAGGACUGAGCAUCAUCCCUGGCCCCUGCUAAGGGAGACUGCAGUGGACAAAGGGAGUGAGGGGACACACCAAGGGGACAAUCUGCUGCUGUGACCUGUCCCUGGGCAGGAGGGAUGACAAGACUCCCACCACCGUGUCCCUCGUUUUUGGGGGUCCCACCAUUGCCCCUCAGGACUGAGCAUCGCUGCUGGCCCUGCCGAGGUCACCACAGGGACACGUCUGUGAGGACAGCGUGGCCACCAACUGCAGGCCAUCAGCCCCGCCAGGCCCUGGAGGACUGAGGGACAGUGACAGUGACAGCUGUGAGCCCCCAGGAGCGGCAGCACCGGGCAGAACCCCCCUCCUGCAGCCCCCCCAUUCCCCCCGCCCCCCUUGGCAUGUGCAUGGCCAAGCAUGAGUCCCCCGGGGAGCAUGUGCCACCCCCAUGGGGACACCGGGGCUGUGUCAACCCCCUGGGGCACCCCCAACACCUCCUGACAACCCCUGCAACCCACAGCUGCAAGCAGAGCCCCCUCCCCUGCAGGGGUGGGACCCAGGGGCUCCUGCACCCCAAAAAGGGGGUGCCCCCUCCCAUGGGUGCCCAUGGGUGUCCCCAUGCCAGCCCAGCCUGUGUCCCCUGUGCUCCCACCCCUGAUGUUCCCCCCUGCACUGGGCAAUGCCCAGCGAUGCCUUGGCCAAAAUAAACGUGUUUCCCUCGU